AGUUACAAGCAACACCGCAGUGAACGAGGAAAACAUUGGACAUGAUGCACUCUUUGACACUACAAGUCAUUUUGGCAACUUUCUCUCCUCUAUUGGCAUUUGAGAUGACAUGUCAGCCAGUAUUCCUUCAAACGGAAGUCGGCAGCAGUGUUUCAAUUACAUGUUCUUGGGAAAGUCAAAGAAAAAGUGCAGAGCGAAAAAUCAUAUGGACCAAAGAUGACAUCUUCCUUGAGUCUCAACCUCCGCUUGAACAUCAGAGUAAUCAAACAGUGACCGACAGAUUUCAAUUCAAUUACCAGAAUAUGGACAACAGAAAUGUUUCUCUAAACAUCAAAAACCUUCAAAAGUCAGAUGCAGGAACCUAUGAGUGCACAGUUAUCAUCGGUGAAGCCUAUCGAGAGAUGAAAAUAAAUCUUCAAGUGAGAGACCAAGAUGAAAAAUUUGGCAAGAAUGUUGAAGAAUCUGAUCCAAUCAACAAGUCUGACAUCAUACUAAAGGAUAUGCCUAGACAGCAGGGUCUUGCCUUAAUAAUUGUUGGUGUAGUAAUAGGCUUGCUUUCUGUUGUAAUUUUAAUUGCAGCAGUCAUUGUUUGGAAAAACAUGUUAGGUUGCAGUCACAUUGAAACAAACAAGGAAGUUCCAUAUAUGAGUGAUAGAUUGGACUCUAACAGCUCUACAGGCUCACGUUCCUCAGACUCAGUGCUGAUUAAAAGAUCUUCAGAUUGUGAUGUGACAGAAAUAGUGUGAAGGUGGCCAGAUUCCUUCUGAGACCCUCCCAUUACUGCAGGCAGACCUAGGACUGCAUAAAGUUUACAGAUUCAUAGUAGUACAAGAUACCAUGAGAUACGUCAGAGAAUCUGGUUGGGUAUCUUGGAAGGACAGGCCACCAGGCCAAGAAGAGAAGAGAAGACCAGAGAGAUGUGUUAAUGAGAGCGAGAGGAAAAGACUUGGAUUAUGCUGGCAUAAAAGAUAUCUGAAGUUCCAGCUUGUAUGGGUGUACAACCUGGCCUGUGUUAUCAGCUGUGCUGUCAAAUGGGUGAGCUAAGCUGACAGCUUGUGCUGAUCACUAUUCAGUACAGGCUGGCAGUAGAGGGGCUGUACUAUGGAACAUGUUAUUGAUGGACACAAAAGGCCAUGGGUGACACAAAUGAAACUAACAUCCUGACGAAAGUGCAGUGAUAAAAGCAUUCGGUGAAAGUGGCACACAGCUUGUCUCUUGCUGUUUCCAUCCUGGGUAAUUGUUUUGGAGAUACAUGCAGGAAGUUAACUGUGCAGACACUUAUAGAAAAGAUGAAAUGGCUGACUUGAAAGUUAAAAUGGUAUGAGCUUUAAUAUGUGUGCCUUGUGAUGAUCUGCACAUUGAUUUUGAAGAGCUUGUUGAUUUAGAGGCCAGCAGACAUAAGCACUUGUUGAUGGUCAGGAGUCAGGUGCUUGCAAUGUUCACUGCAAGGAACAGCAGUUAUGGAUGAUGUGAAUUUAGAUACCUGAUUGAUGGUGAGGUCUCUAGAAGCAGCCCAUCAGAUCCACAGCUUUCUAGGAGGCUGGGAAAUCCAAGGUGAGGGUGCUGUUAAGGAUGGAUUACAUUAAGAAAAAUCAUUAAGCCCAUUACUCUACUUAUGGAUUUUAUUCUUAGGGGAAUAGUAGAUCAGGGCCCAUGGUACACGUUGUUUGCAGAUGGCAUUGUGACAAGGGGUACCUCUAAGAAUAUUGUGGAAAAGAAACUGGAGCUAUUGAGGCCUUACAAUUUUAAGGAAAAAGAUUUGGACGACAUGAAUGAGAUGGAGUUGGUAGUCUUCAAGGAGAAAGUCUUAAAGGCAUGAAAAAGUUCAAAUGUUUUGGCUCAAGAGUAACAGAGGAUGGAGAGUUAGAUUUUAAAGUAAACCAUAGAACGCAAUCAGGUUGGAAAAAUUGGAAAAAGGUAUCGGGAGUGUGUGUAUAAAAUGGUAGUCAGUCCAACAAUGUUUUAGGGAUCAGAAACAUAGGCAGUUAAAAAUGGACAUGUCAGGAACCUGGAUUCUACAGAAAUGAUGAUGUUUCAAAUAACAGCACUACAAUUAUCUGGUGGUCUGGCAUUUCUGCAGGCAGGGGGUGAGUGGAAAGGGCAGCCUGAAUGAGGAGAAACAUUCGGGAUUGAAAAAAGUUGGAUGGAGAAAGCAAAGCACUGGUGACAGGACUGAGAAACAACUAAGUAGCUGAAGGGAGUUAGGAGAUGCUAUGAACAGCAGAGCUGUCAUGGAGGCAGGACUCAGGAGCGCUAAGGAUAUGCUGGCAGGAAUGAGGAUGACGAUGAGAUGGCUCUUGGUCAUCUGUGCUUUAACAUAUUUUCACUGACAGGAAGCUUAUCCAUUUGUGUACUCAAGAGUUUUUAGUGGGUAGGUAAGUAAGUAUGUCUGAUACCACCAUAUCUAUCAGAUACUGCACACAUUCUACAUGCUAGCUUACUGCUGUUUGGUGUGUAUUACUCAUGUUACAUCUUGUAUUAUAUUUCAACAUAUGUGUUCAUGUACAGUGAGCUCUGUAUGAGCAAAUGCAAUAUACACAUACACGGACUGAAGUAAACGUCAGUUGGAAAAAAACAUUUGCAUUAAAUUAAGUUGGCGGCUGCCAGAAAUGAGCAGAGCUCACAACAUUCGGUCAUUAAUCAACAGUAAUCACUCUACUGCAGUAAAUUCUGGAAAAAGCGAUAAUUUUUUUUCCAAAAUUACACCUUUUUAGCAUUUCUCAGCCUGAAAUAAGCACCUCAUUUUGAAUGACUGAGUAAAUUAUUUGCUAUUCCAUUUCAUUUUCUACAUUCUAAUUCAUUGAGGCCCAUUUGCAAAGGAAAUUAGUAGAAAACUCAGAAAACAGCUUUUACUCAGAACAUGAUUUGUAGGAAAGUAUUUGGGUUGUCCCAAAAGUAAGUUGAGAAAUUAUUACCAAGAACAGUUUACCAGCUGUGUGCAUUUGUCACUGAGCGAUUCUCCUCCAUGAAUUUGUCGUAUGUAGCUUUAUCAGUUUACCUGCUCUACCACUUCAAUACUCUUUACAAAAUGAAGGAAUUUCAGAAUAUUCUGAAGUAAAAUAUUAGCUUUGUU